AAAAUAAAAAAAUAAUCAGUUCUUUAGUGAAAACUUGUGAAAAAGACAAAAAUGUCUUCAGCCUUACUGAAGAAAAGUCUCGAAAUAGUAGAAGCGAGUAGUUCAAAAGGCAAUUCCUCGAAGAAAAAGGGGAAAAAUUUUGUUCCUGAAUCCCACAAGAUAAUGAAGGUUGUUAAAAAGAAAGGAAAAAUCUGUAAGUUGAGAUUUUGGGAUAAGCAAAAUCAAAUUGAGGGAAGUGGAAGGAAAUUAACAAUCAGAGAUGUACAAAGGCGCAUGGAAACGUCCAAGGAAAGGGUGGAGAGAACUGUGGAUAAGCUACUGAAACUUCAUUCAUCCGCAUUGGAGGAUGAGGAUGCGGAAGAGAUCGCCCGGAGAGCCAAAACCGGUCACUACGUCCUUCCUCCGCAGCAGGAAACUGUGGAACCAGAUUCCAUUUUCACGGAAGAAGACUUUAAGAAGUUUGAAGAGGACUAUUUCGAUGAUACGAUAUAAUUUUCGGGUCUUCCGGACUCUCUUGUGGAGUCAUAGCAACGUAGGUUAAGAAUUUUGUUGUAAUCAAUAAGUCUGUGAGAUGAGGAAUAGAAAUUUUCCACACAAAAAUGGUUAAAAUUACUGAAGAGUUAGUGAGGAAAAGGUCUGAGCACAAUGAGCGUAUGAUUGGAACCCUCCAGGAGUUGUCUCUGCACCAAGAAAACAUCGAAAAGAUUGAACAUAUUCACAACUGGUGCAAGGAUCUCAAGAUUCUUUUACUCCAGAGCAAUCUAAUUAGCAAAAUUGAAAAUCUCUGGAAGCUAAAGAAACUCGAAUACCUAAAUUUAGCAAUUAAUAACAUUGAGAUCAUUGAGAAUCUCGAGAAGCUUGAAUCUCUGCAGAAGCUGGAUCUUACGUUGAAUUUCAUUGGAGAUCUCACGAGCGUGGAGAGUCUGCGUGAUAACUACAAUUUGAGAGAAUUGAUUUUAACUGGUAAUCCAUGUACAGACUACCCAGGCUACCGCGAAUUUGUCGUGACUGUCCUUCCACAACUCACGCAGCUCGAUUGCACCGAUAUCACCCGAACUGAGAGAAUUCUUGCCGCAAAAUGCUUUCCGGACAUUCGCCAGGGAAUCAUUCAGCGUCAGGUUCAGUACAAAAUUCGUCGGGAUGAGCAGAAAAUUCGUGUCAUGCAGCAACUCGAGGAGGAUGCCAAAGCGAGGCAGCAUCUCAGUGACGAGGAACGCACAAAACACUUCUGGGAUUCAAAGAGUGAACACAGCCCCGAGAUGAGAGUUGAGAUCGCACGACAGCACAGCAAAGCCCAUGAAAUUCCUCCCACAUGCGAUCCUCUAGCUCCACCAAAGAGAACCCUCAAACUCUUCUCCUCCUCUGGACGGGCUUUUUGCAUAAAUGAGCCCAAAAUUGAUUUCCACUUCCGCGAUAAACCUGAUAGCUUUGAACUGGAGCUCCUUGUCUACAGAUUCCUGGACACAGCACACCUUUCCAUUGAUGUUCAGCCGAAUUAUGUAAGAGUUAGCGUGAAGAAAAAGAUCUUCCAGCUCGCUCUUGAUGAGGAGGUAAAGUGUGAUGAGUCCACGUCCCAGAGGUCUGAUAUUACGGGACAUUUGCUCAUAAAAAUGCCUAAAUUGCAUGGGAAAAUUGUCAAGGAAUCCGGCUUUAAUUCAAAGGAUGCCGUCAAGGUGGUUGAAAAGGACAAAAAUAAUGACAACAAAAGCAAGUGCGUUGACUACAGGAACAUUGUAAAGGACUGCAAGGAUAUUGAAGACGAAAUACCAGAUCUCAUUUAAAUUGAAAGAAA